AUGUAGCCUCAAGAGAUGCAUUCUGCAUCAAGAUGAACUACCAUUAUAGUGCGUAGACGCAUAAAAUAUUGUGUGAACAUUUCUAGGUAGUAACUCUUGGCUGAGUCCCUAUUUCCUAGAAAUAAAGCCGGAGGCUGAGUUCUUGUGAACUAAAUCUAUAUAUUUCCUCUCAUCUUUCAGUUAUCUUGCUAGGUAAUAAGAUAAGAAAAUUCUAUCAAGUUUGAGUGCCACCCUCUCUGUUGUAAAGCUAGGAAAUUUGAAGUGAACUAAGACCAGCCGAUGUGACUUUAUUCGUUUACCGAAAUUUGUUAUCAAAAGUAACUUUCAUCAGAAAACGGAUAUUCAGGCGUGGUAAUGUUUCCAAACAGACAGACGCCUCUACCAAAUAUCUACAUGUCCAAACAAAAAUACUUUGAUUCAAAAGGUUCAGCCAAAACAUACAUUGGAAAAUAAGUGUUGCCUAAGUGCACUUAAUCCGAAAUAUGACAUCAUGACAGGCUGAUUGCAAGGUGAGCGGCGGCAUUAGUCUAGAACUUCAAUGAUUUCAAGAUUUGAAUGCUUUGCAGCUUUCGCGAGUUUUUUUCUAAUGCUCUCGCUCUCCUUGGUUGCUCAAAGCAUUGUAUAAUCACUACUUAUUAUUUAAUUUCGAGCCUGUCUCGGGCUUUGGUCCAUUUUGUUCACACAGCCGUCAGUCGGGUGCUCCUUGGUGCAAGUUCCGAUCCUCCGUCUCCAACCGCCGCUGUUUGUUAUGGAGCCCUGAGCUUGAACGGUCGUUAAGUCUUACAUCAACUUGAUAGGCAAGGAGGAUCGAUUCAAGCCAUAGUGUACCCAAGGAUGAUCGAUGCUCCAGACACGCCAACAAUAGCCAUCAUUGGCAAAUCUGUUAGGUUUAGGUGGCACUACAAUUCAGGAGAUUUGAAGGAUGAUCUUUAUGAGGUGGUUUUUGGUAUUUGGAAGAGUCCUGGGUUCCUGAAAACAAAGUUGAUAGCUGUCAACUCGAGUGGCUUUUCCUUAACAAGGCCCUCAUAUGAGUCAUCGGUAGGUUGGGCAGGAAAUCUGACAUCCUCUAUGGCUGUGUUUGAACUUUACAAUGUAAAGCUUGAAGAAAGCAAAACGUAUGGAAUUGUGGUAGAAUAUGGCCUCCAGCAUACCCCGUUGACCGACACAGUUCAGCUUCAAGUUGUGUACGGACUUCAAGCUAAAUUGAGACACACAGAUCCACCAAAAACUGCUACUCCACAACAGAGAAAUGGCACUACAGCGGUGUAUACCACUAACAAAGUUGGGUCUACGCGGGAAACAGUGAAAGAGCCCAGCGGUUCAGUGCCAAGAAAAACAUCGAAGAAAUUCUUCUUUAUGUUAGCGGUGGCAUCCGGAGUUAUCGUAUUUGGUGUCAUAACAUCUAUUGUGCUGAAGCGUUGGUGUCACCAUCGUAAAAAAGGUUCGACUGACGUGUUCGAGACAAACCUGCUUACCUCAGAUCAGUUAGCUUAGCUAAAUUAAGUCAUAUGAUAAUUGUGGGCAUAAUGCUAGUGCAUAGUUAGUAGAGGGGACUGGUUAUGAAACCCGGUAAACAUCAAAGGCCGAUGUCUUUGUUAUGGUUUCCCUUAGUCACGUGAUCAUGACCGUGCACAAGGAAAAGCAAACAUGUCGAUCGGAGUUACGUGAGUGUGCGGAAACUUACGCUGUAUUUCGCCGGAUUUUUAGCUUAGAUUAAUCUCGAUCCGAUGAGUGUUAUAGCUACACUAUUCAUUAGUCGUCAUGCCUGGAGAUAACCGCGCUGUGUUUGGCUGUGGGAGUUGUAGAAGAACGAUAAGAAUCGGUAUUUGGAAGUUGCCCGCAGCGAAGGACGAGGCACACAAGAAAUGGCAGGAUGAUUGGUUGAGUGAGAUCACAAAGACGCGUGAGAUCGACCAUGAAUUUCGAAAAAGGAUCGAAACGACAAGGUGUUUACCUGUGAAAAACACUUCGACGUAGAAGAUUUUGAAAUAUGUAAGUACGGCUGCGAUAUAAGCUUACAGUAGAAAUUGAAGACAAGCUCUCGCUUUCCGUAUGGUUUUGUUUAUUUACGAUCUCUGUGAAAUUUUCUUGAAGGUUAAUUUUCAUCAUUCUUAUUUGUGUUUUACUAUAUUUUCAAAUGCAGUUCAAACGGCGAAAAUGACGAAGGAGAAACUACGAUUCGGCGCCAUCCCUGCAUUAAACAUGCCAAGGAAAAGUCACGAGUCUGCGAGACCUACGCCAAGACCUGCUCGAUCGGUUGUCGAGGAGCACGAUCAACAACCUAAGGCAUGUUACAAGUCGUUUGGUGAAUUGUGCCGGCGAAUCACUGGCCUGAAAACCCUGAAAGGGUGGAAAUUGAAAACAAUGUCAGACAGACUUAUUCUGAAAAAGAUUGUAGAACCUUUCCUUCUCCCAGAAGUAGAAAUAAUGAUCGAUGACAGUCUUGCACACACUGUGAAAGCCUUUGGUCAUCCCCUCUAUGUUACUCACUAUCGUUCAGUCAGAAACAUUUCAGUAUGUGAAAUUGUAAGAGAGCUAGAGUGCUAUAAACUUUGCUGUGGAGUGGAAGCCAGUGAAUUAACAAGCCAGCUGUUUCAUCAUGUAAUUCCCAUAAAAUGAAGACCCACUUCAGGCAUGUUAGCAGGGUGAGCAGUUUCCCAACAAAGGUUUCUGGAGGUCAAAUGACUGCCAUCUCAUGUGCGAAAAAGAAGUCGGGGAAGGUGCAUGCCCACAAUGUUUGGAGUACCUGCUUUUCUCAAGAAAGACCAUAAAAGCAUGUAGAAAAAAACUGAAACUGUAAUCAAUCAAGUCAAUUCAUCAUUGAGGAGAUUAAUUACAUAGCAGCCAGUGUACAUUUUGUAUUAUGGAAUAAGAUACAAUUAUCUCAUGUCAUUUGAUGAAGAUUUUUUUAGUGCAUGUUCACCUAACAAUGACAGAAAGCAAGUUUCCUUUGAAUUUGUUGUCAUUACAAAAUUGUAGCCAUCUACAUUUCAUUUGAAUUUUCAAUGCAGUUACUGGGGUAGGAGGUUUUAGCGACAACAAAAGGACUGUGUCUAAGUAAAGUCCCUUUCAUGAAAAA